GCACCAUCUCUUCUGUUAUGUUAUAUUAGGUUAUGCGUUAUGGUUGUCAAGUAUAUAGAGAGAAAAGUCUGUAAGAGGAAAGUAGUUAAAUUCUGAAUCAAAUGGAAUCUGAAUUGAGUGUAGAAAGCUUGCUUGAAAAUCUAAGCAAGUUACUAGACCAACUUCGAAUGGAAACAGCAUUCUUAAAAAGUAGCAAAAAUUUAAAGGAGGUCGUCAUGUUUAUUCGAGACUCUAUUGUUGAUAUCUCUAAUAAAAUCUGUAUCUUAAAAAAAUAUUUAGACAGAUUGAAAGAAAAAAAUAGCUCUUUUCAGGAGACUUUAUCUUUGUAUCAACAUUUGAAUGAAAAAAUAUUAGAUAUGUAUAAUAAUAUUCCUCAUGAAAUGAUAAUCGCAUAUACAAAUAAUAAUAAGGAAGAGUCAAUGCAAUCCGUUUCCAACGUUUCUUCUCAUACGUUUACUAUUGACAACGAUACUGAGAAAACUGUGAACUUUGUUAAUACGCCAAAUAUUGAAGCAUCUACUAUUAAUGAUUGUAAAAAGGCACUUUUUAACGAACCAGAAUAUCCAAAAAUAUCUUUACUUAAAGAGGAAGAAUUUGAUAAACUACCAAAAUAUAUGAUUGGAAGGCAAUCCUUGCAAAUGAUUAAUGGCUUAAUUAAUUCUAUAAAUCAAGUAUUAAAAGCUAAAUAUUCUUUGUUGUUUGCUGGAAAGGCAGUCGCUAAAAAAAAAGGGGAACUUGAUUUAUAUUUAUACUAUAAAAAUCAAGAUAUUAUAUGCAAAAACAGUGAAUGUAAAUACUUUUUCACAGCGGAAGAUUACGAGAAAUAUGUAAGAACUAAAUUAGAUAGGUUGGCAUUAAAGCUGAUGAUGGCAUUACGCCACUGUAAACGAAUACGCGAAUUCAGAUUACAAAAAGAAUUGUAUUAUAUCGUCUUGCCUUAAUACUGUUAUUCUCACUGUUAUACUAAUGUAUCGUCAUUCUCAUCUCAUUUAAAUAGAAUAGUUAAUCUGCAAUUAUGAUUAAAUGGAUGGAAUCAUCAUUGAAGACAGUUUUGAUGUGAAAGCUGAUGAAACAUUUUUCAAAACGACGAAGACCAUAUCCCGCGUUCGUUCAAGAAUCGAUAUUCAUUGAAAGGGG